UUACCUCGACUGCAUUUACCAAUUCAAAUUAUAUCGGACUUUCAAGCUGAAAAGUUGUGAAAAGCGGUUCUUGGAAAGCUAACAGGCCUAGAAAAGCCAAUUAAAAUCUCCCAAAAAAUAUCUAUAGAUUGUGAAAGAAAUAAUAAAAGAAUAAUUUGAAAAAAACUGAAAGAAAAUAAACAGUGAAUACUAGAAGCAAAUUUUUUGCUUCUUUUUAACAAUUUCUUAUUGUUAAAAAAAACAAUAACAACAGUGUCUACAAAACCACAAAUUUUGCCGACAAGUGAAUAUUAUUUUGCAAAAGAAGAAAAGUUCUUUAAAAUAUAAAGAACUGCGAAGCAUAAAAAAAAAGGCAAAUAAAGUGCUGUUCUUUUGCUGCAUUUAUCUUCAUUUCCUGUUCUCCUCUUUUUGUGAACACUAAAAACAACAACACAAACGAAAUCUUCUCCAAUAAGACUUUCCAGUAUUGUUCCAGAGAGUGUGUGUAUGUUGCUUGAAUAUAUACGGCAAAUCAAAGAAUAACAACAAACAUUGUUGCGUGCGAAAUAUUGUGUGUUUGUAUCAAAAGAAGAAGCAAGGCAAAGCAAAAGUAACAUAAUAAAAACAAACAAAAAGGGACUUGCAAUAAAAAACGGAAGGUAGACAGUAAAAACAACAACAGCAAGAAGAAGAAAAGUGCAUUAAUUUUUUGCUAUACAAGCAAAAUAAGAACAACAACAAAGAACUUUGUUAAGUUUGACAAACAACCGGUUCGUUCGGUUCUCUUGUCCCUCUCUCACAUCAUCAUAUAUCUCACAAUUGCCAAAUACACAAAUUGUUUGUCAUUGUUUGGUGGACUUGAAUGCAUUUUGCAAUUAAAGUGAAAAGACUUGCAUAAACACGCACAACUGAACAACGGCAGAUAGAGACAUCGAGAAAGCUGUUCCUACAGUUUUAAGCACCUACAUCUCCUGAAUCAUUCCAGUCACCGUCAGCAAGAAAUAAACCUUUGUAAGCCAAGUAGCACAAAAGCUCUUGUCACGCCAUAUAACACCAAGGAAACACAAGUAUCAAGCGCACCUGUUGAUCCAAGUACAAGCCACAUUCGCAUCAAACGGACGGUCUUUCUGCUACUCUGGCAUAACAUAAACUAAAACGAAAAAACAGAUCCACCCACCAGUUAACAAAACAACCACCACUACCUUUUAGAAAAAGAAAUAAAACAAAAAAACACACCCGACACAACACAAUGGAAGUUGAGGCAGCACGUCAAAAUGGCUAUGCCAGUGCUGAGUCACGUGAAAGCUCCGUAGAACGUGAGCUUAACGGUGACAUCAAGGCAGUGGAAAUUAACGGCACCGCUGCCGCCAUCGCUCAUUCUCCCAAAGGCCAAAAUGGCAUUAUCAAAAAGCCACACAAUGUCUCGGCCGAUGCCCAUGAUCAACGCAUCAAGCGCAAGGGCAAACGUCUCAUCCAGCGACAAAAUAGUCGCGGUGAAAGUGGCAGCAGCAGCAAUGGCGGUGCCAUUGGUGGUAUACCCAUUGUCAUGAAUGGCAGUGCCAAAGAUUAUGUUGUACCUCAACGUCGUUGGAAGAACAGUCGUCGUUCCCGAUCGGGCUAUGGUCGUGGCCUACCGAAAAAAGGUGGUGCCGGCGGCAAGGGUGUCUGGGGUCUGCCCGGUUCCGAGGCCCUCGAAGAACUGUACGAAGAUGAAAAUGAUCCCAACUACGACAGUGAGACCAAUGAUCAAAAUAUUGUAUUAAGUGAAGUCAUUCCGGAGCUAACUCCUGAAGAGUUUUUCAAAUUGGCCGAGCCCAUUGUCUUGGAAUACUACGAGCAUGGUGAUACCCAUGAAGUGGCUGUUAAUUUCGAUGAAAUCUUAACGGGUAAUUUGCGUCCAUAUGUUACUAGUGUUAUAGUUGAGAUAGCGUUGGAUCACAAAGAUUCGCAGCGUGAAAUGACAUCGGUAUUGAUAUCCGAUUUAUAUGGUCGUGUUAUAACGGCCAAAGAUAUUGAAAAAGGUUUCGAAAUAUUAUUGGCAAAUUUGCCAGAUUUAACACUGGAUACACCAGAUGCACCAAAUUUGUUAGGCAACUUCUUAGCUCGUGCCGUUGCCGAUGAUUGUCUGCCCCCGAAAUUUGUCACCAAACCAUCGGAACAUGGUGAGCUUAACGAUCAUGCCAUGACGGCAAUACGCCGUGCCGAUACUCUACUACACAUGAAACAGGGUUGGGCCCAUUUGGACAAUGUCUGGGGCAUGGGUGGGCCACUGCGACCCGUCAAGACCAUAACAAAACAAAUGACAUUGCUGCUGAAGGAGUAUUUGUCAUCGCGUGACAUACAAGAGGCUCAUCAUUGCCUGCGUGCCCUUGAAGUUCCACAUUUCCAUCACGAACUUGUCUACGAGGCGGUGGUAAUGACUCUCGAAUCGUUGUCACAGACCACCGAGGAGGCAAUGUGCGAGCUGUUGGCAUCAUUGGAUAAAGCUUGUUUGGUACUUCCAGCUGGCAUGGAACAGGGUUUCCUACGAGUUUUUGAUGAUAUGGCUGACAUUGUCUUGGAUGUGCCACUUGCUUAUAUAAUAUUAGAUCGUUUUGUGGAACGUUGCAAUCGUGCUGGUUUUAUAACUGAUAAGAUAUUAAAUAAUAUGCCCUCUAGAGGACGUAAACGUUUUGUCUCCGAAGGAGACGGUGGCCUUAUUAAGCCUCCAACUCUUCCACUGCGUGACUAAAUUCGUUAUUUUCCAUUUCUCCAAUUUUACUACGUACAUACAUCCGAAUAUAUUAAAAUAACAUUUUCAAAAAGGAAUGCAAAAAACUAAUAAAUAACAACAACAAAAAAACCACGUAAAUAAGAUUCACAAAA